AUGAAUUCAUUUAACUAAAGCAUUUUCGCUUAUGGUUAUUUAAAUAAUGGCCUUGUUUAUUCAAAGUAGGGAAAAUUCAAUUAGGCUAUAAAAGAGUUUAAUAAAGCUAUCGAAGAAAAUCCUUAAUAUGCUGCUGCUUAUCAUAAUAGAGGUGAUUCUUUAUUAUAACAAUUAGGCAAUGCCUUUUAAAGUUUGGCCAAUUUCGAAGAUGCCAUUAAAGAUUAUUCUUUAGCCAUCAAUAUUAAUCCCCAAUAUAGUGCUGCCUUCUUUAAUAGAGCAUUAGUAUUUGGAAAACAGGGAAAGUUUUAAGAAGCAAUAAUCGAUUAUACUUAAUUCAUAGAAAUGGUUCCUGAAAAUGCAUCAGCAUAUAAUAAUAGAGCAAACUCGAAUUAGAAUUUAGGUAAUUACAAUGAAGCAAUAGCAGAUUACUCAAAAUCAAUUAUAAUCAAUCCUCAUUAUGCAGCUGCUUAUAACAAUAGAGGUAAAAAUAAUAUGUAUAUUAUGGCAAUGCAUAUGUGA